AUGCAGUGGAGACGCCGCCAUUGUUGCGCGCACGCGGCCAAGCGCGUCUACUUUGUCUCGCUGCUGGGCGUUUUGGCGUUUAUAGUCCACCAGGUGUGGCUGCCCAAGCUCGCCGCCGGGCCCUGGCGGAGGGGCAGCCCCGUGGUGCGCCGAGGUGGGGGGCCGCCGGUCCUCAAGGCGAGGGGGAACGCCAGCGCCCAGCAGGUGGCGUGGAGGUUCGUGAUCGUUCCCCGGCCGAGUCUGAAGACGGAGGCUAACGGCAGCUCGCCCGCUGGUCGGCGGGUGGUGCCUCUGCGUGGAAGCGGCGAGCGUUUUCACAUCGCUGCCGCAGCCGCCGAAAACGCCACCCGAAGGGAGGAGGGCGACCUCGGCGGCACGGUGGCGCCCGGGCCUUUCCCGUACGUCAUCAACGAGCCGGACAAAUGCGCCCGGGGCCAGCCGGCGCCUUUCCUGGUUCUGCUGGUCACCACGGAGGCCAGGCAGGUGGAGGCGAGGAAUGCCAUCCGGCAGACGUGGGGCAACGAGAGCGUGGCCCCGGCCCUGCGCCUGGUCCGGCUCUUCCUGCUGGGCAAGAAGGACGGCGAGCUGGGGCGCCUGCAGCAGAGCGUGCUGGAGGCCGAGAGUCAGAGGCACCGGGACAUCAUCCAGCAGGACUUCCUGGACUCCUACAACAACCUGACGGCCAAGACGCUGAUGGGCAUGAACUGGGUGGCGGUGCACUGCCCGCGGGCCAGCUACGUAAUGAAGACCGACAGUGACGUGUUCGUCAACACCGAGCACCUCAUCUACAAGCUGCUGCGGCCCGAGCUGGAGCCCAGGAGGAACUAUUUCACGGGCAGCAACAUGCGAGGGUUCGCGCCCAACCGGAACAAGGACAGCAAGUGGUACAUGCCCCCGGAGCUGUACCCCGGCGAGAAGUACCCCACCUUCUGCUCGGGCACGGGCUACGUCUUCUCUGGCGACGUGGCCGCCAAGGUCUACGGGGCCUCUCUGAGCACCCGCCGCCUGCACCUGGAGGACGUCUACGUGGGGGUGUGCCUGGCCAGGCUCCGCAUCGAGCCGGCGCCGCCGCCAAACGGGUUCCUCUUCAACCACUGGCGGGUGUCGUACUCCAGCUGCAAGUACAGCCACCUGAUCACGUCGCACGGGUUCCACCCCAACGAGCUGCUCAAGUACUGGCACCACCUUCAGAGCAACAAGCGCCAGGCCUGCGCCGGCGCCUUCAAAGAGCGCGGGGGGGGCCGGGCCGGCCUGGCUCAUGCACCCAAUCGCCUGGUGGCGCGGCCCGACAACGGUCCGAUCGAGCACAUUCCUUCAUCUUGA